AUGUCGGUAUUUUUAGGAAGCUCAGCCCAAUUUUCUCAAGCUACCAUAGAUCCAGAAAAGAUAAAAUUGGCCGAUAUACAAUUCCUGGCCAUGGCUUUUACUUUUAAUAAAUUAUUAAGAAGAUGUGAACAAAAAUGUUUAUUACGUGAAUAUGGUGAAGGUGAAUUAACUAAAGGUGAACAAGAAUGUAUAGAUCGUUGUGUAUCAAAAUAUGUUAAAGCUAAUGUGAUUAUUGGAGAACAUUUACAAAAACAACGAUUGGAUCCUUUUAAUUCGAUGCCAGAAUAUCGAAAAGUUCAAGAUAUCUUGGCGAGUUCUGUGAAAUCGUGA